AUGCUUCCUCACCCCCACCAUACACACACGCCCACACACCAACCCCCCACAAAAAAAAAAAAAAAUCGCCUCCUUCUCAUUCAUUUGCCUCAGCUCAAUUCAUUUCGUACACAAACAUGUAAAUAUAUAAACAUAUAUAUUUACAUAUUAAAUUAUUAUUUAUUUACUUAUUUUCAUAAAGUUAUAACAAAAAAAAAGCCCUCAUAUGAAAACGCGUUAACGUCAUCCCCAUUUCUUCCAUUUAUACCCAGUUGUUCUUUUUCUCUCCCUUUCUCACACAUACACACACACACACACACAUAUAUAUAUAUAUAUAUAUAUAUAUACAUACCGUCAAGCAGGAGAGAGGGGGAAGAAAGAAAAAAAAAAGAUAAACAAAAAGUGAAAGCAAAAAUAAAAAUAAAAGUGAAGCUUAAUUCUUUUUUUAAAAAAAAAAAAGAAAUUAAACAAAUAAACCACCCAAUUCAUUCAUUCAUUCAGUGGCAAAAGGAUAACCCAAUUACAUAUAACAUAUGGAAUAUAAUAUAUAAUAUAUAA